AUGUCCAUCUCUGGCACCCUCAGCAAUUACUAUGUCGACUCCAUCAUAAGCCACGAGGGCAGCGAUUCCCCCUCCCCUAAAUUCGCCCCCGCGCCGUUCGCGGCCCCCCGAGCCCCGGGCGAGCCCCUCGAGUUCCCCUCGUGCAGUUUCCAGCCCAAAGCGGCGCCGUUCGGGCCCUCCUGGGCCGCCCCCGCCGCCUUCCCCGCGUUCCUCCCGCAGCCCUGGCUGGAGCCCGGGCCCGGCCCGGCCAAAGCCGAGCUCAGCCGGGCUCCGGACGGGCCCAAGGGCGGCUUCGGCCCGGAGCAGCCGCGGGACGCGCUGGGCAUCGCCCCCGACCCGCGGCGGGGCUUCGAGGACCAUAAACCCGGCGGAGGAAGCGAGGACAAAGACGGCCGAGAUCAAACCAACCCCGCCGCCAGCUGGCUGCAGGCGCGCUCGUCGCGCAAGAAGCGCUGCCCGUACAGCAAAUUCCAGACGCUGGAGCUGGAGAAGGAGUUCCUGUUCAACAUGUACCUGAGCCGCGAGCGGCGGCACGAGGUGGCGCGGCUGCUCAACCUCAGCGAGCGCCAGGUCAAGAUCUGGUUCCAGAACCGCCGCAUGAAGAUGAAGAAGAUGAACAAGGAGCAGGGCAAGGAGUGA